AUGGGCAUCAAGCUUCGCGUGCGUAUCGCCGGAUCCGGCGACACGAUGCGCGUCGAGGUCCCCGAGGUGUGCACCCUCUCGCAGCUCAGAGCCGCGGUGGCGACCAAGUGCUUGGACGGGGCGGUGGCCCCCGAGAACGUCGCGGUGACGCUCAACAGGACCGACGACGUGUCGACGCAGGGCGCGGGAGAGGGCUCGACGCUCAGGGCGUGCGGCAUCGCUCGCGGAGACCUGGUGCACGUCUUCGUCAGAGACGGGCCGUCGGCGGCGGCGACGACGACGAACGCGCCGGCCGACGCGCCCGUCGCGUCGACGAGCGCCCCUGCGCAAACCGACGAAGAAGAGCGCAGGCGAAGAUGCCUACACGCGGCGGAGCAGCGCGGCGACGUCGCGGCCGCCGUCAACACCGCAUCGCGCGAUACCCCGACCUCGCCCGCGGACGCCGCCGGCCGACCCGGCCGCGGCGCGUCCGUCGUCGCGACGCGCCGGCCGACGCCCAUGCCGCCGGCGCUCAGAUCCUUGCUCGAGCUUCGCGAGCCCGCCACCCCCGUCGGCUUGGUCGCGUGCGCCGUGCACGCGUCGCUGGUGGACGCCGGCAUGGACAUCGUGGACGUCACCCCGUGCAACAUCAAGCGCGCCUCGUUUCGCCCCCGAUGGGAGAACGGCGCGGGCGCGGGUGCGUCGACAGCUGUGCCGCCGCCGGUGAGCGUCGUCGUCAAGGCGCAGGACGUCGGCGGCGACCACGUCGUGUUCGCCGCGGCGGUGAACGACGGCGAACCGUUCGUGUUUCGAUGCGCCGCGUCCGCGCACGUCGUCGCGGUGGGUGCCCACGGGGGUGCCCACGGGGGUGCCCACGGAUACGAGUACGUCGCGUUGCCUUUGCUGUGGCGCGACGCCAAGGACUCGCUCGCGCUCCCCGCGUCCAUUCGCGCGAGAUCCGCGGCGGGUCUCCCGUCUCCCCCGCCCUUUCUUGCGCUCCCGGACGAGCUCAAACUCGCCACCCUCGCACACCUCGCGGAGGCGCGCGACGUCUGCGCGGUGGGCGCCACGUGCAGGGAGCUCGCGGCGCUCGCGUCGUCGGACGAUCUGUGGAAGCCGCUGCACGACGCCGAGUUUGGCGCCGAGACUUUAAACGACACAGCUGUAAAUCGUACACAGCUGUGGCCGGCGGCGGGGCCCGGCGCGUACAGGCGACGGUACGCGGAGAAGCACGCGGAGCGCGCGCGGCGCGAGCGCGAGCGCGAACGGCGCGUCGCGGAGAUGAUGCGAGCGCGGGAACGCGCCGCGAGGGCGGGGCCCGGUCCCUACGUUCCCCAUCCCGCGGGCGGCGGCGGUUUUUUCGCAUCGCCGCCGCCCGGGUACGUGCCCGGGAUCACGGGCGGUGACUACGACCUGUACCCGGCCGGGGGCGUGGGCAUGCCGGGGUUCCCUGGGGGGUACGCCGGGGGGUUCGGCGGGCCGUUGGGGGGUUACGCCGCGCCGACGCCGAUGGGGGGUUGGCCGACGGGCGGUCCGCCGGGGGUCCCGGGCGGCGGACGGGGUUUCGGGCGUGGGAUGGGCGGGAUGGGCGGGAUGGGCGGGCGCGGGGGGCGCGGGCGCGGGAUGGGCGGGCGCGGGACGGGGCCGCCGCCCGCUUGGGACGCCGACGACGUCAUCUGA